UUGUGGAGACUUCACGGGGCUGGGAGGAGGGUCCACAUCUUCAGAGCAUUCCUGGAGUCUCCUCCCGUUUAUGGAGGGGAUCACUGGGGCCAGGCACGGGGUCUCUGCCCUCCUGCCUCCCCCACACUGCCACAUACCACCCGUCCUCUCCUGCCCCAGCAGCUGCAGAAGCUGAAACAACUUUUCCAGCGAAAACCCAAGGAGGAGCCGGAGCCGGAGCCGCAGCCCAACGGGGAGCUGGUCAGCCCCUCGGGGGGACCCAUCUACUACAUCUAUGAGGAUGAUGAAGAGGAGGAAGAGGAGGAGGAGCCCGAGCCCCCUCCCGAACCCGAGAAACUUGUUAAUGACAAACCCCACAAAUUUAAAGAUCAUUACUUCAAAAAGCCCAAAUUCUGCGAUGUUUGUGCCCGCAUGAUCGUCCUCAACAACAAAUUUGGCCUGAGGUGCAAGAACUGCAAAACAAACAUCCACCACCACUGCCAGUCCUACGUGGAGAUGCAGCGUUGCUUCGGCAAGAUCCCACCCGGGUUCCGCCGAGCCUACAGCUCCCCCCUCUACAGCGACCAGCAGUACGCCGGCACCAAGGACCAGCUCGCGAACAGGAGCGAUCCCGUGUUCGAGACGCUGCGCACGGGCGUUAUCAUGGCCAACAAGGAGCGCAAGAAGGGGCAGGACGACAAGAAAAACCCCUUGGCUGCGAUGAUGGACGAGGAGUCGGAGGCCACGAAGCCGGUGGGGAGCAAAGCCGAGGGUGGUGCCUCUGAAGGGGACAAGAAGGCUGAGAAGAGCCCAACAGAUGACAAGAGCAAGAAGCCGCAGCCCGGGGGGUUCCUGCAGUCUCACUAUUUCGUGGCACUUUAUCGCUUCAAAGCCCUGGAGAAGGACGACCUGGACUUCCCGCCGGGGGAGAAGAUCACGGUGGUCGAUGACUCCAACGAGGAGUGGUGGCGGGGGAAGAUCGGUGAGAAAGUCGGGUAUUUCCCCCCCAACUUCAUCAUCCGGGUGCGGGCAGGCGAGCGGGUGCACAAGGUGACGCGUUCCUUCGUGGGCAACCGGGAGAUCGGGCAGAUCACGCUCAAGAAAGAUCAGAUCGUGGUGCAGAAGGGGGAGGAGGUGAACGGUUACGUCAAAGUCUUCACCGGCCGCAAAGUGGGGCUGUUCCCUGUGGACUUCCUGGAGGAGAUCUGAGGGGGGCUGCGGGGGGGGGACC